ACUACUAUACUAGGCAGCUUAACCUUGAAGUCAUUAGCAUUAACCCAAAUUCCAACACACUUUUCACAAUUGUCUCUUCUUUUUCUUCUUCUUUCUCUCGGAUUUCGUUCAAAUUCUGUUUCCAGAACAAUAAAAAAUUCCCCCCCGAUCUAAUGGGUGCUUCUGGAAAAUGGCUAAAAUCUCUCAUCACUCUCAAAAAAACUUCUUCAGAUGACCAAGAGAAGAUUGGAGAUAAGGGCAAAAAGAAGUGGAAGCUGUGGAGGAGCUCAUCGGAAGGGUUUGGAUCGAGUAUGAAGAUGGGUAUGAAGAGAGGCAACGUGACGGAAUCAGAGACGUCCGUUGCUUCCUUUGUCGCUGAUGAGGCCUUCGCGACCGCCAUGGCCGCCGUGGUUCGAGCUCACCCUAAAGAUUUCAUGGCGGUUAAGAAGGAGUGGGCUGCUGUUCGGAUCCAGGCCGUGUUUCGGGGCUUUCUGGCAAGACGGGCUUUAAGAGCAUUGAGAGCACUGGUACGGAUUCAAGCCAUAUUUCGUGGCCGGCAGGUGCGAAAGCAAGCCGCUGUCACUCUAAGGUGCAUGCAGGCUCUGGUUCGAGUUCAAGCCCGAGUACGCGCCCGCUGUGCUAGGAUGUCUCCAGAAGGCGAGGUUGCCCCCAAGUCAUUCAACGAACAUUGCUACCCUAUGGAUCCCAUCAAGCAAGCUGAGCAAGGAUGGUGUGAUAGUCCUGGAACUGUGAGUGAAGUUAGAGCACAGCUACAUAACAGGCAGAGAGGAGCCAUCAAAAGGGAGAGAACAAUUGCAUACUCUCAAUCUCAACAGAGAUUGAGGCCAAGUGCCAGUCCAUAUGCAAGGACAAACCAUACAGUGAAGCCUCUUAAGCAUGAGAAGCAAGGGAAGAACAAUUCGGAAUUGAGCUGGUUAGAUCAUUGGAUGGCGACCAAGCCGUGGGAAAACAGGCUGAUGGAAGGGAUCACCCCGGAAAUGACUCCUUUUUCUAGGAAAAGUGAAGAUAAAUCAUCUUCUUCCGGACAAGAUUCAGUGGAAGUGAGAAGGAACAAUAUCACAACCAGGAUUUCAGCUAGACCACUUGUGGAAAAUCAACUAGCUCAGUCGACUUCUGCCCCAAGUUCCGAGUCUCUUUAUGAUGAGACCUCGGCAUCAACUUCUUCUUCAUCUGCUUCUCCAAGUCUGAUGUUUAGCAACAGUGUCAAGUUGGAGAAAACAGAAGAAACUAAUAUGCGUAAACCGAGCUACAUGAAUCUCACAAAAUCAAUCAAGGCGAAGCAGAGAGUUUCCAAGUUUUCAUCUCCUAAUAUGCAGAGGUAUUUGACGGAAGAGUUUCCAUUCAAUAACAAGUCAAUGGCAUUUUCUAAUGGGGACACCAGAAGCUGUGCAGGUUCCAAUCCUUCAGUUAAUUUCAGCAAAGAUCUGUGCCCCCCAAUGUCGGCUUGCAGAUUAGAUGGUGUAAGAUCCAGAAGACAAUAAGGAGAUCGACAGUUGCCAUGGUUAUUCACUUAGCUGAAUUUGUGUAUUUGAGUUUUGGUCCAACAGCUUGUUGUCAUGUUUACGUUUAUCGAUGUUGUUCGAAGUCGUAAUACUUGCAUUUGCAUACAUAGGCUUACUGCUGAACUAAAACAAACUGUAACAGAAUAUCAGUUGUCACAUAGAUAGAGUAUAGCAUUUGGAGUGAGAGUGGUUAUAAAAUAGAAUCAACAUGUGUAUUUGGCUUGACGUUUGAGAAU